CACCUUCAAACUUUUUCCUCGUCACCUAUAUAUAAACACCAAUUCCAGCGAAGCGUGAAAUAUCCUAAAACAUUCUCUAUCAAUCAAACGUUCAUACUUGGUUUCAGCAGCCCUCCUUAUCAUUCUCAUUCUUAGCUAAUUCCCACAACCAUUCCCCUGUUUCCAUUUUCCAGCUCCGAGGCUAUUCAUUCCGUCGCUCGUACUAACUAUCAAAUCAAGAAAUGGUUAAGGCUACGAGGUUCGUCUUUAUGAGCUUGCUGGUUUUAGCGGCAGUUGCAGCCCUUUUGCCCGAGCAAGCCGAGGCAUUGAUGCCCUAUUCUCCCCGUUCUUUCUGGGACAUGAUGCUUCCAAACGAAGACCCUUUUAGAAUCUUGGAGCACAGCCCUUUAACCGUCCCCAAAGGGGUGGAAACGCUGGCCUUGGCACGCGCUGACUGGAAGGAGACGGCGAAGGAGCACGUGAUCUCGCUAGACGUUCCAGGGAUUAAGAAGGAGGAGGUCAAGAUUGAGGUGGAAGACAACAGGGUUUUGAGGGUGAGCGGAGAGAGGAAAACUGAAGAGGAAGUUGAAGGGGAUAAAUGGCACAGGGCUGAGAGGACUGUUGGCAAGUUCUGGAGGCAGUUUAGGCUGCCUGGCAAUGCUGACUUGGAUAAGGUGCAAGCCCAUCUUGAAAAUGGGGUGCUGGAAAUUGUUGUGCCAAAGUUGGCUGAGGAGAAAAAGAAGCAGCCUAAGGUGAUCAGUAUCGCUGAGGAAGCCGGGAGCAAUACUGGCGUGGAUGUUAAGGCCAAAAGGGAUGAGAUGUAAUCAUGUCAGCGCCAAAAAUAUCAUAGUAACUGGCGUUUCGUGAACUUGCUGGUUUUCUGGUUGCCUUCGAGUGUUCUCGGGUUAUCAACUGGAAAGCUGAAUAGUAGAUCGCGUAAUUGGGUGUUUGUAUGUUGAAAAUGUAACGUGUUUGUAAUUUACCGAUCAUGAAAUAAAGUUAAUAGCUUUACGCUAAUC